CCCACCACAUGUGGUUGGAAGUUGGAAGGGUGAAUUAUAUGGCUGGAUAAUAAGACAGUGUAGGACUUCGGUGGGAUCUAGGUUCCUUCUCAUUCCUCAACCAGCGAUCUGGGACUUUCUCCCCCCAGAUUCAAACUCACCCUGCAAUUCCCUUCAUCUUUUGGUUUGGAUCUGAAUACAUAAUAAUAAUAAAUCAAAACAUGUUCCUCUUUGACUGGUUCUAUGGCAUUCUAGCUUCCCUCGGUCUUUGGCAAAAAGAAGCCAAAAUUCUUUUCCUGGGUCUCGAUAAUGCCGGAAAGACCACCCUCCUUCACAUGCUCAAAGACGAGAGAUUAGUUCAGCACCAGCCAACCCAACACCCCACUUCAGAGGAAUUGAGCAUUGGGAAGAUCAAGUUUAAGGCUUUUGAUUUGGGCGGCCAUCAAGUUGCCCGCAGAGUCUGGAAAGACUAUUAUGCAAAGGUCAUUAUUAUCUUCAAUGUGGAUGCGGUAGUUUACCUGGUUGAUGCCUAUGACAAAGAGAGGUUAGCAGAAUCAAAGAAGGAGCUUGAUGCUUUGCUCUCAGAUGAAACGCUGGCAAAUGUUCCAUUUCUUGUGCUAGGCAACAAGAUUGACAUUCCAUAUGCUGCUUCAGAAGAAGAGCUAAGAUAUCAUCUAGGCCUGACCAAUUUCACCACAGGGAAGGGAAAGAUCAAUCUUACAGAGUCCAACCUUCGGCCUCUUGAAGUGUUCAUGUGCAGCAUUGUCCGCAAGAUGGGAUAUGGUGAUGGCUUCAAGUGGGUAUCUCAAUAUAUCAAGUAGAGUCCAGCAUCAUUUUUUUCCCCCUUUCCUCGGUCAACUAGCUGUGUCUGCAGUUACAUCAGAAGAGGUUUUAUCUUUGUUUUUGCUUUUGAUGAUUUGGUUUUGAUUGGAUUAUUGAAUACAACUGCAGUAAUGUUAUGUGUCACAUUUUGUAUCUUUAGAUAUAUUUUUUGCGGGGUGGGGGAUAUUCUCCAUUGAGAUACUGGAUUCUGUUGUAGGGUGGUAUGACUGGGGAGAGAAACACAAAGUCUCAAAUAAAUUUGGAAAAUUUUAUUCCACUUUC